CGUCUUGACCGUGUCUACGAACGCUUCUCUGCUCUGACCUUUCGGCAAUAAGCUCUUAUCUCCGUACCCCACAUUGUCACUAUCGGACCCUUGAUUUACGUUCAUCACCAUCUCCAUCGUCACGCUCAGGUUGUCCUCAACAUCUAAUCUUAGUACUUGCAGGUAUGCCCGAGCUACUCGACUUGUGCUACGACGUUCUCGUCCAGAUCCUUGAAGAGAUCAACCCCGAAGACCUGGCGGCUUGUGCACAGGCGUCCAAGGGCUUCGGUGAUUUCAUACGAGAGAACACGCGAAUAUACAAGACUGUCUACCUCAAGCAUUUCGAUGAUCCUCGCCGCAGACGACCGACAGAUCCGGAGCCCGAGUGGGUUGAAGCCUUGCAGCGGACAGUAAAAUGCCAGAAGAUGCUUCUUUCCGCCGAUAAUGACCUCAAGCGGGAUGAGUUCAACUACAUCGCAUCGACAGUUGACAAUCUUCUCGGCACCAUGUCGCUUGAUGACCUCGGCACUAGCCGCAACAAGACACUGAUCACAGACCUCUUCCUAAACAUCUCACAAAACCACGAUGCUUUCAUGUGCCGCUCGUCGCUUUUCGAGCGUGCUGGAACGGCUAAGCAGAGACCAGCUGAUGAUGAAGAAGGCCGUCAGCUGAGCGCAAAACUGCACAGCUUCUUUGGCUUUCCUCCAUCAGGCGCUGGAACAAAGGAUCUCGCUACACACCCGUAUGCUAGGUCGCGCGUAUACGACCUGCGAAACUACACUGACCAGAAUGAAUGGGGCCCCUUUCGCAAGGACGGCAGUAUGCGAGUCGACUGGGAAAUGGUCGAGAGUAUCAUGAUUGUCGUUGGACACAACUCGUUUUUUGGCGCGCAUAACGUACCCAACCCCCUUCGCCCCCCGUGGUUUCACCCCCUAGAUGGAGUCAUCCCAGAUGUGCCGGUUGAUGCGGGCCAAGCUAUGCCGGAUUACAUGGCGCUCUUGAAACAACCAGACCUCCCGCUCGAUAUGAAGGAUCCGUACAGAGUCCAAGGGAUCUGGUCCCGCAUUGUUUGCUUUCUGGACUACACUGACCUCUAUCAUUACAACUUUGAUAGCGAGGCGAGGAGGAUGCCUGCCGACGAGCCAAGAGCGCCACUUAUCACUGAAGAAGCCACUCGUCACAUCCUCAUGAAUCUUCAAGUCACCGAUGUCACAGCGCCAGGCCCCUUUGAAGACCCAUCCAUGCCUAUCGUACACUUUAGGGGAAAAUCAAAAUCCGUUGACGCCCAAUGGGAUCCCAACGCAAACUCUGGUAUCCGCGGUACCGUGCGCAUGACAGCUAAUGGAGACAUACGCUGGAAGACCAUUUCAGUGUUCCACGGUGGAGAGGAGCGAUGGCGCAGUGAUGGUGUUCAAAUCGGCGGACUGCGCAGUCCUCGCGGGGUCGUGGGGACGUGGUUUGACAAAGAUUUCGACAUUCAUGGACCUGCCGGACCGACUGUAUUCUGGAAGAUUAGUGACAAAAUCCUAGAACCCAGCGAGAACGAUAGCGACUCUGGGGAGAACUUUUGGGGAAUAUAGUGUCUGUGGGCGAGGCUGGGUAUGUAUCUUUGUCACACUUCGCAUGGUGGGCUGAUCUCCGCUGAAGCGUGGAUCCUCAUAUCCAUGUGGGAAUUUGGAUUUGGGGUUAGUUUUUUAUUUUGUUCUUCUCGCGAAUCUACAUGUCGA